AAUACGAUCACAUUUCUAUAGGACAUAAAUAGAUUUUCUAUUUCUCUAGAGCUGUCUUUAAGCUUCAUAUGGUCUGUUUAUUCUGAAACAUGCAAUGAUUUUCUUCAACUCUUCAUGUUUACGGAGUGGACAUGACGUAUUAUUUAGAUCCUGGGCCAUUCUAAGGCCUACUUAUGUUCCCUCACGUGCCUCUUCUCUCUCGGCCAUCCAUCGUGGACUUCGGAACUCGGAGAAGGCUAGAGCUCAAGGCUUCAAAAAGACAGCUUUGAACACAGCUAGAUCAAAAAGAGGUUUACCUGAGGAACUGCCGACGUUUAAGAUUAAAAAAGGCAAGAAAGACAUCACAUUCACAACUCCUAAGCCAAAGUCUAGACGGGCACGCUUCUAUGAUCCGGAUGAAGAGUUUGGGAAGAAGAGUCUAGUUUACCAACUGGGGAAUGGUCCCUUACGACGCAAAUUGGGCGACUUGAGCGAAAGAGAGCAACCAGAGCAACGCGGAAGGGAAGAUAGGGUAACACGGAGUCAAUUUUUCAAGGAUUUUGAGUCCAGUUCAGGACAAAAGUCAUCCUCGGAUAGAAAUGAUCGAGGAGGUCGCGAUUUUUCUAGGAGAAGCCGUUCAGUGGAAGGGAAAGGAAGGUCUCGUCCGUCAUCACGUUUCAGCCCAUCUUCAAAUGAAUCGAGAGCAUUCGGCGAUAGGACGUCGAAUAAUUCAAGAGAUUUCGCUAGGCCUCCGCGAGAUAGGUUCUCCAGUUCCGGAUUUCAAAGAAAAGAGCGCGAUUUUCGUCAGCCUUUAGAGAAGCCGGCGGAGUCGAGAGCGUUUGGGGAGCUUAGGGAACCUAGGGAAAAUAGGGAGCGAGAGCGAUAUCAAAAAGAUGAAGAACCCACAUUCCGACAAACCUCAUCAAGAGACAGUGGACCAAAAGAUAGUGGUUCUAUCCGCCUUCAUCGCACUACCGCAGCAUCGCAAUUUCUCUAUGGCCGCUCUGUAGUUGAGGCUGCCCUUAAAAACACCACGCGACAACUUUAUAAUCUAUAUCUUUACUGCGGAGAAAAUCGACGAGAUGCUUCGGGUAUCACCGGCCUUGAAAGACAGGCGAACCAAGUUGGUGUCACCGUCAAAAAGGUGACGGACAAUGUGGGAUUGCGGAUGAUGGAUAAAAUGAGCGAUGGUCGACCGCAUAAUGGCUGUGUUCUUGAGGCAUCUCCAUUACCUCAAUUGCCACUUAGAUCUCUAGGUGAAUGGACCGAAGAACCAACCCCCGGAUUCAGUAUCGCGCUGGCUCACCAAUCUGUCGAAGAGGCCCAGGUGAAUGGCACUUCUGACUUUGUCGAAUGCACCCUACCACCUGGCAGGAAACCGUUUGUUCUAUUAUUGGAUGGUAUUCUAGAUCCGGGCAAUUUAGGUGCUAUCCUACGAUCGGCAGCUUUUCUAGGUGUUAACGCCAUCGGGAUCACAAAAGGCCAUUCCGCUACAUUGACUUCGGUGGCUUUGAAAGCAUCUGCUGGUGCCUCCGAAGUUGUUAAGCUGUUCUCAGUCGAUACCACGCUCAAUUUCCUCACUCGAUCCAAGGAGGCGGGCUGGGUGGUCUAUGCUGCAGUGGCGCCAGGUUCUCGACCUAGAGAGGGAAAACAUCUCACACCAGACAGAGUAGAAUCAUACGAUCCAUUAUCGAGCCAACCAACAAUUCUAAUGGUUGGAAGUGAAGGAGAGGGUCUUUCGAGUAAAACGAGACGGAUGGCGGAUUAUGAAGUUUCGAUACCGAAUCAUUCUGGAUCUUCCGCCGUGGAAAGUCUUAAUGUUAGCGUGGCAACGGGUGUCCUUUGCUCUGCCUUCUUGAAGAAGCAGUAUUCGGAUAGCAAGUUUGAUAAGAUCAUUGAGGUUCCCGAUAACGACGACGAAUCGCAGCAGCAACUAUGGUAAUGUUGCGUGGACUUGUAUUUGUAACGACGCAGUUAUGGACAUAUGAUACCUGAUAUCAAUGAGACAUUUGUACGACCAUCAUGUAUAUAUACUGGGAAUAUCUCAAUGGGAUAGGUAUAAUGUGAGAUAUUCUAUCGUGAAUAUCGAGCGAGGAAAGUAAGGCCUAAUUAUUCAGUGCUUGGACAUGCGCGACACACAAAACUUGUCUGCUACAUACAUAGGUCUGCAACGACUCCUUUCGAAAUAAAGAAGUUUAAUCCUGUUA